GUCCCUCCACCGUACAAAUCAGCAGAAACGCCGCAGUAACUAGUGCAUGCUUUUAUUACUCAUAGAGGAGGAAGGAAUCGAAUUCCAAAACCAGGAAGGAAGGAAAAAACAGCAGAUAGAGCAAGUUCCAAGAAUGGUGGCUCGAAAAUUCGCCGUUAGUCACAACGACUCCACCUUCGACAUCGACUACGACACUGACGAUGGCUUCGAAGUCCUCAAAUACCAGCUCUUCUCUCUCACUUCUGUUCCUCCCGAUCAACAAAAGAUAUUGGGAAGAGAUGAUCAAAUUGUAUCCGACGAGUCAGAUCUCGCUUCAAUAUCAGAUAAGCUCCGGUUGGUAUCACUUGAUGGAGAUGCAGAUGAAAUAUCAGCUCAGGAGAAAGAAAAGUCAGAAAUAGCGAUGUCAGAUGAAGAGUUGGCUCGGAUUCUUCAGGCAGAAGAAGAAGCUCUUAUGAUGCAGCAGUUUGUUGCUAGUGAAAAUAAGGAGCAAGUUGAACAGCGGAUACGGCCAUAUGUUAAUCAAGUUCUAAUGUAUGAAGAUCUGCAUCGGCAAGAAAUGGCUCGAAAGACGGUUCCUGUGGACAAGCUUGAGGAGAAAGCAUUGAUUUCUUUGGGAAGGGAGGGAAACUUGAGACCAUCAAAAGUUGAACAAGAUAAUGCUUUCCUAUUACAACUGCUAUUCUGGUUUAAACAAUCAUUCAGGUGGGUAAAUGCGCCUCCUUGUGAUAGUUGUGGUAAUGAAACCAGAAGUCAAGGCAUGGGAGUUGCAAAUUCUUCUGAAACACAAUAUGGUGCUUCACGAGUUGAACUUUAUCGCUGCAAUUCAUGUUCAAAUAUCACCCGUUUCCCAAGAUACAAUGACCCAUUGAAGCUUCUUGAGACAAGAAAGGGGCGGUGCGGGGAAUGGGCCAACUGCUUCACGCUCUAUUGUAAGGCUUUUGGUUAUGAUUCUCGUUUGAUUCUGGACUUCACUGAUCAUGUCUGGACAGAGUGCUUUUCACCAUCUCUGGGAAGAUGGAUGCAUCUUGAUCCUUGUGAAGGAAUAUAUGACAAUCCUCUUUUAUAUGAGAAGGGAUGGAAAAAGAAUUUGAACUAUGUGAUUGCUAUUGCAAAAGAUGGUGUGCAUGACGUCACUAAGCGUUACACCAGGAAGUGGCCUGAGGUUCUUUCUCGGCGAAACAUCACCUCAGAGCCUGCUCUCUCUGCUGUUCUUUCUGAUAUAACUAGGGAACUGCAGAAAAAAUUAUCUGCUGAAGUGAUUUCAGCACUGGAAGAUCGGGACAGAACCGAAAUGGAUGUCAUUGAGCGAGAAUUGUAUUCUAAAGAUGAUGCUGUAGUCUCAUUACCUGGAAGACUGAGUGGAGAUAAGGAGUGGCGCAUAGCAAGAUCGGAAUUUGUCUCUGAUGAAAAGAACUCUCUAAGCUCUUCAUUUUGUCCAGUUCGCAGAUGCGUAGAUGAUCAUGUUACAAAGAUCUACAGUGCCUUUUCCCCUGUUCUUACAAAGUUAAUAGAGUACUCGCCCUCUAAAACAACAGCUAUUCAAGUUCUUGAGAUUUUCAGAAAGAUAUUGGUUGAUCUAAAGAGUUCCCCUUUCCGAACCAGGAGAACCUCUGUGAAAUCAGUUUCAAGUAGUUCUGGUGAAAUUUUCAGUAAGACGUUGGCAUCUUUCGGCCAGUUACUUGAUGCUCUUUCUUUGAAGAGUGAGUUAGGUUCAAAUGGGAGUAUUGAUAUAAGUUUAGCUUCUGAUCCUGUUAAAACUUCUGUUGCUCUGCCUGUCGUGUUCCACGCAGUGGAUGAUGUGAUUUACAAUGUUGGACAAUGUGCUAGACUAGAUAGCAGGUCCCUCGCUUGGCCACUGCUUAAGUUGAACAGAUUAUGUUCUGGUCUAGUCCUUGCUAGCGGGGAGGAGCUUCCUUUUGGAAUUGCUACAUGUGCAUUUGAUGGAACACGGAUGUCAAAGUGGGAAGAACCAAAUGGUGCAGCAGGUCAAAAUGUCUGGCUCGAUGAACAAAGUUGAGAACGACAACGUCGAAAACUACGGGAAAAUGGCGUGGCUGCUCCAGCUGCCGGAGAGCAACCACAAAAUCCUAAUGACGUGCCCGGACCAGUUCCAGCGGACGCGGAUUCACAGGACGCACAACAGGUCGAUGAAACCUCACACACCGAUGGGAGCGUACGGCAUAACGACCAACAAGAAGCUCAAAGAACCCCAGCCCGGGAAGAACAGGAAGUUAGUCUUCAUGUUAUUUUUGAAAUGUUGCAGGCACAACAGUUGGCCAUUGAUCAGUUACAAAGCCAUCCAAAGACUCCCAGCACAACAACGCCGGAAACAGCUCCCCCCGUCGAACAAGCACCGGAGAGGUCAAGCAACGACGGAUCGGUAGCCGAUCCUGCCAUCGUGAGAAUGCUGGAAGAUCUCACCAAAAGGAUCGAGUCAGGCGAGAAAAUGAUAGCAGCCAAUGAUAAAAAGGUCGAUACCUAUAACUUCAGAGUUGACCAAAUCCCGGGUGCAUCCCAAGUCCUGAAAGGUGUAGAUUAGAGAAAGUUCGUGCAACGGCCGUUCCCAAAGGAAGCGGCUCCGAAACCCAUUCCGAAGAAGUUCAGAAUGCCAGAACUCCCAAAAUACAACGGGACCUCGGAUCCGAACGAACACGUCACCGCCUACACGUGUGCGAUGAAGGGCAACGACAUAAAUAACGAUGAGACCGAGUCAGUCCUACUGAAGAAAUUUGGAGAAACGCUCUCGAAGGGGGCCAUGAUGUGGUACCACAACCUAGCUCCCAACUCCAGAGAUUCGUUCGCCAUGCUGGCGGACUCUUUCGUAAGGGCGCACGCCGGUGCCAUCAAGGUAGCAACAAGGCAGUCCGACGUGUUCAAGAUUAAGCAAAGGGAGAACGAAAUGCUGCGAGAAUUCGUGUCUCGUUUCCGGACAGAACGAAUGGAGCUAACCCCGGCCUCUGACGACUGGGCAGUGCAGGCCUUCACUCAAGGCCUGAAUGAACGAAGCUCGGUGGCAUCAAGGCAGCUGA